ACCUUUUCUCCUACAUAUAUAUUUGAAAAUGACUUGUCUUGUAGUUCUUCAAUUGGGCAAAACAAUGGUGCUAAGUUUGCCAUGUGGUGAUACUCACUUCUGGUAUUUAUUUAUAUGAGUGAUUCCACAAGCUCCAGCUUUUCUUGGUUCAGAAACACAAGAAAGGAAAUAAAUCAGAUAAAAGAAGACAGUAUUUAUUAUUGAUGGUGAAGAGCAAAGCCAAAGACAGCGAGAGACACAGAGGGUAAAGAGAUUAGAAGUAGCUGAGGUACCUAAAGUUAUAACAAAGAAAAGGCUUAGUUAACUUUCUGUGUUGGCAAUGGAGUCUCCAAGUAUCCAUGGAAGUGCUGAGGAGAAGAGUAGCUGUGAAUCAGGAUGGACUAUGUACAUAGAAGACACCUUCCAUGGAAACCAUCAAUCUGAAGUUGUCUAUGAAGAGCACGAUGAUGAUGGUGAUGGUUUCCGUGUAAAAGAGGUCGAUGAUGAAGGUAGUAGUGAAAAUAGGAGCGAUGACUCGAUGACGUCUGAUGCCUCUUCAUGGCCUAGCACUCAGCUUCCCAAGAACACCAAGAAUCAUGCAGUUGCAAAGAGAAGCAAUGCCACACAAGUAUAUCAUCAGACAAAGAACAGAGCAUGUCAAAAGUUCAGUGACCAAGAAGAGGAAUCUGAGUUCAAGGCUAGAACAAAAACCACUGAAGCUAGUCGUGUCAAAAGUAGAGGCAAGGUGAGCAAAACCAAAUAAGACUCCUCAAUACAUUGUUACAAUUUCCAUUGCUAUAUCCAUUGUUCUCUUUGGCUCAAGGUAAAAAAGUUUCCAGAGCUGAUAUCAAAUCCAGACAUGUAGCUGUUGUUUUUUCGUUUCAGAUGUUAUUUUGUAAUUGCCUUUCUUUCUUUAACAGGAUUUUGUUUUCUGCUAAAA